AUGUUCCAACCCCGCUGGUGUGUUUUGACCAACUCGCAGCUCAUUAUCUACAAAGACGAGCAUCUCAGUCAACGCCAAAGCGCCGAACGCUUCACAGAGCAGAUGACAGCCACACGCUUCAGCUGUCACGAUGCUGUAACCUUACAUUUCUACGACAUGGUGAUGGGCUCCACUCAAGGCGAAGGCUCCGUGCAGCCCUUGGGCACCGGCAACUUCCACGUGGGCAUCGAAAUCAAUGGUGG